AUGAGUGCCUAUCUUGUGUCGCCUGAGGACUACCGGAAACAAAGAAAGAGAUUGAACAAAAGAUUGAACAAGUUACGUCAUGAACUCAAUCUCAUCACCAAAGACACUAAGGACUACAGAUCCAAGGAAAAAAUUAGUGGAAUCAAUUCCACAGACUACGAUUCCAACAGCAAGUACGGGUUGGUUCUUCUUUUGACGGCUGAAAGAGACAACUUGUAUGCUCUUGAAAUCAAGUCAUUGUUGGAACUCAGCAACGACAAUGUCGCUUCUUACAAGAAUCUUAUGGUGAGCAAGAUAAAGAGAUCCUUGCAGACUUCGCAGAAGCUUCUACAGAUCUCGUCGAAUGAUGCUUCUGAUUUGAAGAAGCUCGAGUUAUACAUCUAUGCUGCUUUGGCUCAAGGUCAAUUGUCUGUAGCUAAGAAGCAAUGGGCCCCCGCCAUCACAGCCUUUUCCAUAGCAAAGUGUGCAUUGGACUUCUUGUAUGCACAGUUAAACAGCAAACCUGUAGAAGGUGACCAGGAUGACGAAGAAGACGUCGAUGCCUUCAACAAGACUUUGGUGAAUGAGUUGCUUGACACUGUUGUAGACCCUUCUUUAAGAUUGGCUGUGUCGCAAGACGAUAGUGCUGGUGAAGGUUCUGGAGACUUGAAGACUAUCUCUCGUAGACACUGUCACGAUGACAGACUCCCUUAUUUGGCUAAUGCAAUCAAGAUCAUAGAGAAAACCGACGCCAGCUUCGUAGCAGACAUAUUUGGCUCAGUAGAACUCAUUAAGUCUGUCACAUGGAGAGACCACGAAGCGACUAUCUACAACGACGAAAUUGCAUUCAAGAUCAUGUCAUUGACUAACGACGAGGAAACGAACUGGAAAAACUUCACUGAUGCUAACGAGUUCGACAAGGUAAUCACUGGCUGGACUGAAGUUUUAGUAGCCCAUAAAGCCAACGUAGAAAAGAACCAGGACGAUGACGAUAUCGAAAAAGUGCAAGACCGGGCCAUAUUGCUCACGUAUAUCAAUUACAACUUGCUCUUCACCAGAUUGAAGAGAGACUUAUUGAUCAUUGACCAGUUGUCCACAGCCAACAACAUAGAAAACAACAGGGAUAUCUUCAGAUUGUACAACGGCAUCAUUAGUAUAGCACAAGAGUUGAAGGACUUACCUGGUGUGUAUAACGACGAAGACUUGUACCAGUCGUUGGAGAACUUGGAAAAGUACUUCACAGCCAAAAAGAACAUUGUAUUAGCCGAGUCGUUCCAGUACAAUAACCGGUUCGGCGAAGCCUUGAAAAUCUACAGUUUCAUUGAACACGAACUCAACACCGUUGAAGACGACUUUUACAAGAUUGAUGAGUUCCCCUAUCAAGUCACCAACAAUGCCGAGUUCGCCAAGUUUCAGGACAACUUAGCCAAGCUGUUGUUGCAGUCGCAUAUUUCUGCCCAGUUUGCAUUUGACUCGACAGGAAGAGAGAAGUUGUACACAGUAGAAAACUUGAACAAAUACCCCAGCCACGAGUUGAAGGACUUGGUCAACUUGAACAGCAAGCCUAGAAUCCAACCUAUAUUGAGCAAGCCAGUGUUGUUUGACGUAGCAUUCAACUACAUCUCCUAUGACUUAGGCCGCUCGUCGGGUGGAUCUGCAGCCCCAGUUUCUUCUGAAGCUGCUCCAGCUGCUGUCGCUGCUGCCACCUCUGCUGAGCAGGAAGAAGGCAAAAAGCGUGGAGGUUUCUUUGGUAUUUUCGGACGUAGCUAG